AUGGCAGAGGUGCUUCAGCGAGGGAGGUCCCUGGCUGAAACGCCCACAUAUUCUGUUGCCUCUGUGGUCACUGUCAUGGUCUUCGUAUGCUUCUUCGUCGAACGGUCAAUAUGCAGAUUUGGGAAGUGGUUGCAGAAGACAAGAAGGAAGGCACUUUAUGCUUCACUAGAGAAAAUUAAGGAAGAGCUGAUGCUGCUUGGGCUAAUCUCUUUGUUGUUGGCACAAUGCGCACGGUGGAUCUCUGAGAUGUGUGUAAAAUCGUCUCUUUUCAACAGCCAAUUUUAUAUUUGUUCUGAGGAAGAUGGCCUUGAAAAGAAUGAAAGAAUCAUGCUUGAAAGUCCAUUCCCUUUCGCUAACAACACUGAUACCUCGAAGGAACUUAUUACCAGUGCAUUUCAUCAGUGUCCUGAGGGGCAUGAACCAUUCGUUUCAUAUGAGGGUCUUGAGCAGUUGCACCGAUUCUUGUUUGUGCUUGGGAUCACUCAUGUUCUGUACAGUUGUCUGGCUGUUGGUUUAGCAAUGAGCAAGAUCUAUAGUUGGCGAAGAUGGGAAAACCAGGCCAGCAUUGCAGCUGAAGGAAAUCUACCAGAAAAGAAAAACAAGGUGAUGAGGAGACAAACAACCUUUGUUUUUCAUCACACUUCUCAUCCAUGGAGCAGGAGUCCAAUAUUAAUAUGGAUGCUUUGUUUUCUGCGCCAAUUUCGGAGUUCCAUACAAAAAUCUGACUACCUUGCACUUCGUCAGGGUUUCAUCACUAAGCAUAAACUACCACUUUCGUAUAACUUUCAUAAUUACAUGGUUCGCAGCAUGGAAGACGAAUUUCAUGGUAUUCUAGGGAUAAGUUGGCCACUUUGGGGUUAUGCCAUAAUCUGCAUUUUUGUGAACAUUCACGGUCUGAAUAUUUACUUUUGGCUCUCUUUUAUUCCUGUUAUUCUUGUCAUGUUGAUAGGGACAAAACUUCAGCAUGUUGUUUCCACUCUAGCACUUGAGAUUAGGGAACAAACAGGUCCAUCAGAUGGGACACAAGUAAAGCCACGCGACGAUCUAUUUUGGUUCAACAAACCUGAGAUAUUGUUAUGGUUGAUACAGUUUGUGAUAUUUCAGAAUGCCUUCGAAAUGGCAACAUAUAUAUGGUCUUUGUGGGGUCUCAAAGAACGAUCAUGCUUCAUGAGAAACCAAUAUAUGAUCAUCAUACGGUUAGCAUCCGGUCUUAUUGUUCAGUUCUGGUGUAGCUACAUGACAGUACCCCUGAAUGUCAUAGUUUCACAGAUGGGAUCUCGCUGGAAGAAGGCGGUGGUAGCAGAAAGCGUUAGAGAAUCACUACAUAGUUGGCGCAAGAGAGUGAAGCAGAGAUCCAAACACGAUUCCGUGCACUCACAUGCCACAAGAUCAGUGUGUUCCCUGGAAUCGACCAUUGACGAGAAGGACGAGAUAACGGUGGUGUCCGGAACCCUAACACGGAGCUCGUCGAUGGAAUCGCUGAAUCAGAUAACGGUGACUUCGGUGGAUCAGCUCAAGAUUGAGGAUUCAAAGAAGAAGGCUGAUGAGUACCUGUCUAAAUCAAUAGUAGAUUUUGGUCCACGGCCACAAGAUAACUACAAUGAUGAUGAUGAUGAUGGAGGAGGAGGAGGAGGAGUAAUUUGUAUUGAGAAUGGCUAUGGUGAAGAAAAAGUCGAGACUCUUCUUGAUUUGUUUCAGAAGACGUGAACCGUGAGCAGUGCUUAAGAUGUAGAGGACGAGGGAAGCAGUGACAACUAUGUUCAAAAUUCAUCUUAUUAAAAUUCUUAUUCAUUAAUCUAAUUUUUAUGAGUAAAAAUCA